UCAUACAACAACGCUGUUUGCUGUCCGUUAGUCGUCACUUCCGCUCACGCUCUGACUCCAGCUUGCAUCAUUUCUCGUGUCUUGUCAGCCGGGUGCAGACAGCAUACGCAAUGGUGGAGGCAGUUCCUGAAACCAUUAAGUUUCCCUCUGAGGAGGAGAAGAUUCUGCACUUUUGGAAUGAAAAGGACUGCUUCCAGGAAUGCCUCAAACAGUCCAAGAACAGACCCAGGUACACCUUCUACGAUGGACCUCCCUUUGCCACUGGUCUACCCCACUAUGGCCACAUCCUAGCUGGUACCAUCAAGGACAUUGUUACUCGCUUUUACCACCAGAGUGGCUUCUAUGUGGACCGGCGCUUUGGAUGGGACUGUCAUGGCCUACCUGUGGAGUAUGAGAUUGAUAAGACUUUGGGGAUCAAAGGACCUGAAGAUGUGGCCAAAAUGGGCAUUGCUGAGUACAACAAGCAAUGCCGAAGCAUUGUAAUGAGAUACUCCAACGAGUGGGAGGUUUCAGUAAACCGAAUGGGACGAUGGAUUGACUUCAAAAAUGACUACAAGACCCUUUACCCAUGGUUCAUGGAGACUGUCUGGUGGGUUUUCAAACAGCUGUAUGACAAGGGUCUGGUGUACCGUGGUGUCAAAGUCAUGCCUUUCUCCACUGCCUGCAACACCCCCUUGUCCAACUUUGAGGCCCAUCAGAACUACAAGGAUGUUCAGGAUCCCUCGGUGAUUGUUAACUUCCCACUGGUUGAGAAUGAGGAUGUUGCUUUGAUUGCCUGGACAACCACACCAUGGACACUGCCGAGCAACCUGGCCCUGUGUGUGAACCCAGAAUUACUUUAUGUCAAGGUCAAAGAUAAUACCACAAAUAAGACCUACAUCAUGAUGGAGGCCAGACUGGGGGCUCUGUUUAAGUCAGAGAGCGAGUACACUAUCCUUGACAAAUUUCCUGGUAAGACACUGAAAGGGAAAAAAUACAAGCCUCUUUUCCAGUACUUUGCAAAGUGUUCAGAGAAAGGAGCUUUCCAGGUUUUGACGGAUAACUAUGUCAAAGAGGAAGAGGGCACAGGAGUGGUCCACCAGGCACCUUACUUUGGAGCUGAUGAUUAUAGGGUGUGCACUGAAUACAAGAUCAUCCAGAAGGACCAGACUCCUAUCUGCCCUGUGGACGCCUCGGGCUGCUUCACUUCAGAGGUCACCGACUUUGUGGGACAGUAUGUCAAAGAUGCUGACAAAAAUAUCAUCAAGUGGCUGAAGGAGAACAGUCGCCUCGUCAAUUCCAGCUCCUACAAACAUAAUUACCCCUUCUGCUGGAGAUCUGACACACCACUCAUCUACAAAGCCGUCCCCAGCUGGUUUGUCCGAGUGGAGCACAUGGUGGAGAAUCUACUGGACAACAAUGGAAAAUGCUAUUGGGUUCCAGAGUUUGUGGGUGAGAAGCGUUUCGGCAACUGGCUGAGAGAUGCACGCGACUGGGCAAUUUCAAGGAACCGUUACUGGGGCACACCAAUCCCCAUCUGGGUCAGCGAAGACUUUGAGGAGGUGGUUUGCAUUGGAUCCAUGGCUGAACUAGAAGAGCUGACUGGAAUCAAAGUAACUGAUUUGCAUCGGGAAAACAUCGACAAUCUGACAAUCCCCUCACGGUGUGGUAAGGGCGUGCUGCGGAGGAUCGAAGAGGUGUUUGACUGCUGGUUCGAGAGUGGGAGCAUGCCUUACGCUCAGGUUCACUACCCCUUCGAAAACAGGAAGGAGUUUGAGGACAGUUUCCCAGCAGACUUCAUUGCUGAAGGCAUUGACCAGACCAGAGGAUGGUUCUACACACUGUUGGUGCUCUCCACAGCCCUGUUUGGGAAACCACCCUUCAAAAAUGUCAUUGUUAAUGGACUGGUGCUUGCUAGCGAUGGACAGAAGAUGAGCAAGCGCAAGAAGAACUACCCAGAUCCUGGACUGAUAGUGCAGAACUAUGGAGCUGAUGCCCUCAGACUGUACCUCAUCAACUCUCCUGUAGUGAGAGCAGAGAACCUGCGUUUCAAAGAGGAGGGUGUGCGAGAUGUGCUUAAGGAUGUCUUCCUGCCGUGGUAUAAUGCCUAUCGCUUCCUGGUGCAGAAUGUACAAAGGUUACAGAAGGAGGAGAAUACUCACUUCCUAUACAAUGAAAACACAGCAAAGAAGAGCGACAAUAUCAUGGACAAAUGGAUUCAGUCAUUCACGCAGUCCCUCAUCCAGUUCUUCAAGGCUGAGAUGAACGCUUACCGCCUGUACACCGUUGUGCCUCGCCUGGUCAAGUUUGUUGACAUGCUCACCAACUGGUAUGUCAGGACCAAUAGACGCCGCCUGAAGGGCGAGAGUGGCACUGAGGACUGCUUGUGGGCGCUGGAAACCCUCUUCAGUGUUCUGUUCUCCAUGUGCAGGCUGAUGGCUCCUUUCACACCCUUCAUUACCGAGAUGAUGUACCAAAAUCUGCGUCACCUCAUUGACCCUGCUUCUGUCGAAGAGAAGGACAACAGCAGCAUCCACUAUCUCAUGCUGCCUCAAGUCAGGGAGAAUUUGAUUGACAAGCGCAUUGAAGGCGCCGUCUCUCGGAUGCAGUCUGUGAUUGAGCUGGGCAGAGUGAUCAGAGACAGGAAGACCCUGCCUGUCAAGUACCCGUUGAAGGAGGUUGUAGUCAUCCACCAGGACCCAGAGGCUCUGAAGGACAUUGAAUCACUGCAGAAAUACAUACUUGAAGAGCUUAAUGUGCGACAGUUGACACUUUCAACAGACAAGGACAAGUAUGGUAUCCGCCUGAGAGCCGAGCCAGACCACAUGGUGCUGGGCAAGAGAUUAAAGGGAGCCUUCAAAGCCGUCACUGCUUCUAUCAAGGAGCUCACCAGCGAACAGCUUGAAGCCUUCCAGAAGAAAGGCUCCAUAGUGGUAGAUGGUCAUGAGCUCCACGAGGAGGACCUGAGGCUGAUGUACACUUUUGAUCAGAGCUCAGGCUCUGCACAAUAUGAAGCACACUCUGAUGCACAGGUCCUGGUGCUGUUGGAUGUUACCCCAGAUCAGUCUAUGGUGGAUGAAGGCGUUGCCAGAGAGGUCAUCAACCGCAUUCAGAAACUACGCAAGAAGGGGCAUUUGGUGCCAUCAGACGAGAUAACAGUGUACUACCGCUCCCAGCCAGAGGGGGAGUACUUGGAUUCUGUGAUCAAGGCUCACACUGACUUCAUCCUGGCUACCACCAAGGCUCCACUUCUCCCCUUCCCUGUCCCAAAAACUGCCAGCGUCAUCAUAGAGGAAAAGACCCAGCUGAAGGGUUCAGACCUGGAGUUAACCAUAGUAAAGGGAUCUUCAGCCCCUCGGGCUCCUCUAAAUGGACCAGCUUGCACAUAUGUCAACCUCCAGGUGAAGGUCAACAACAAAGAACAAGAGGGUGUAGUGCUGUUGGAGAAUCCCAAAGGAGAUAACAGGCUAGACUUGGACAAGCUGAAGAAAGCGUGCAGCAGCAUCUUUGGAACCAAUAACACACAGCUCAAAUUCUUCAGUGAUGGAACUGAGCUGACCAGCAAAACGGACCUGCAGACUCUGACUGGUAAAACUUUGUCAGUGACUGCGGGAACUGCGUCACCUGGCCCCGCCUCCUCCACCAACACCAUCGUGUGUCCUUAUGUAAACCUUCUACUAUGCAACGCUCAGCCAGCUGAGUGCCAAUCAGGAGACGUGGGUACCCUCCUACUGGUCAACCCAGUAGGCCAGAAUCAGCUUAACCACGAAGGCUUGCUCUCUGAGACUGCCAGAGUUUUUGGCCUCCGCAGCAGGCGGCUCAAACUCUACCUGGAUGAGGACCUUACUCAGGAGCUGCCAGCUGAUUCUUCAGUCAAAUCUCUUGACACCAAAACUCUGUUUGUGAGAGUUCUUCCUACAACCGCUGAGGCAUAAAUCCACAAACCACCUGAAGAGCAUUUGUCUCUGACAGACCACAUGUUCCCUAAAUGAUGGUUUCUACCACUCAAUAGCCCGAUUGGUGUACAAUGAAAUUAGCAGCAUGGAGUAGCUUCAUAUGUUUAUGAUGCUUUUUGGAUGCAAAGCAGGGGUUGUCUGUCAAAUUCAGAACUGUUAAAAUGCGGAGUCACAAACAGCAAAGUCCUUGUGUAACAUAAACUCAGAUGAAGAAAAAAAAAAAAAAGAAGCACGUUUUGGGAUGUCUUCAUAUUUAAACGGGGUGUAACAGGGUUCUUUUUCUUUAUAAGAGUUGAUGGUCUCUCUCACUCCAGUUUCUCCCUGACAACCUUGUCAGCAACUGUGGGUAACUGUUUCUGAAAAGUAUCUUGUUAGGUCAUAUUUAAUGUGGACCAAGAAGGGAUUUUUCUGGGUGAUGGUGUACAUUCUCUCCUAAAAAGUGGAUUCACCUCUGUAACACAGUGAUGGUUCAUACAUAACCAGCUCUUUCCAGGUUUCGAGGAAACAGUUUAAUUCGAUUAACUGUCAAUUUUACCAGUGGAUGAUUUUCUUUAUUAUGAUAAUGAUGCAAGCUACUUCUCUUUGAGGCUUAUUGAAGGGAGCUUAGUCCAGAGUAAUUAUUGCUUUGUCUCAUAAUUGGAAAAGCAAAUUUGGGCUAUUGUGCUUAUACACCAUUUUGAAAUUAACAGAUAAACUCAUUGUGGUCAUUGCAUUGAGAAUCCUUUGACAAUGGAAAAAGCAUUUAAAAGGGUGAAAUGGGUUUUUGGGCUGCUGUACCUGGGGACAAAAAGGUUCUGCAAUGAAAAGAGCAACAAAUGAAUAAUGUACUAUUUUAGGUGACUGAAUAAAUCAAAGGUGACUUGGAAUCAA